AUGGGAAAGAAGAAGAAUCGCAACGCGAGAAACAAGCAACAAAUUCAAAUCCCUGUUGAACAGGAAAUUGUGAUACCGCAAAAUGAUAACGCCGACGCGGGAAAUCAACGCUCGUCUUCUAAAAGUCGAUCGGUGGCGUCGUUGAACAUGAGUUAUGACGAAAUGGAUUUUGAUUUGCGAGCUCCUACUUCUGAUGAAAAAAUUGUUAACAUCCCCUCAUCUCUCCCACCUGCUCCUGUUAAGCAUACAUAUCAAACCGCAUUCAUGAGUUCCGAUAACGUUACUAGUGCCAGAACUUCUCCUGUCAGUCAUGGAGAACAACAUGACGAGAUCGUUGUUCCAUCGUCACGCAGUCGCGUUAACAGCUUUGCCAGUCACAAUGAAAAUCUGGAUGGAGGUGCCUAUGCAAAAUUUAGAUCAUCCCAGAAUGAUCUCGCUGUCGGCGAUUCAGUUCAGAUUGGAUCGCACUCCAAUUCAAGGCGAAGCUUGUUCUCCGAUCCAGCAGAAGAAAGGUCGAUUGCCGGAUUCCCACGCAACUCGUUCGGCGGCUCACGUUCCAGCGUCUACAGUCGCAACAGCGCGUCGAAGAAUGAGAACAACAACAAUUUUGUUGAAAUUCUUCGCGAGGAUUCGCGCGGUAUCGGCGAACAUGAAUGCCUCUCGUUGCCUGGUAGAAGUCGAUCGACGAGUCGCGCUUCCGGUGGAUUCGUGCACAUUGACAUCGUCAACGCUUCAUUGAAUUCUCACGAUGGAAUGCGACCAAGGCUCCCGAGAAGUCGCACAAUGAGCGAGAGCUCGAAACAGAGCGGCAACUUGCCGUCGGAAAUUCCUUUGCAAAGCGUCAGCCAGCAGAUUCAUAAUCCCGACACUUCUCAGGCGAGUGAAGGUGUUCGCACUUAUCAUGCUGAUUCCAAUUGUCUUCAGCAACGUCUUAGCAAGCUUUCCAUACACACUAAUAAUGAUGAGUUUGUUCUUGUUGGAGGCCAUCCUCCAAACAUGAGCUAUUCAAUGACUGAUGGAUUCACAAAUCGUACCAAUCGAUCAAUUCGAACUGACGACACCUUUCAGUCGCAAAUCUCAUCAAAUCGCAAUGACCUUUCGCGCACGGAUCCUCAUGAAUUGAGCAAAGUGUCGAAUAUUGAAAUUCCAAAUAAUUACUCGAGUACCAUUGGUCUCGAUAAGAAUUCGGAAAAUGAUGAUAUCGGAAGAUCCAUAUCGCAGCGUAGUCUUUCCGAAUCUGUCCGAUCUGAUCAUCGAAACUCUCGAGCUUCCUCUCGCCAUUCAGUGGGAACAACGUCCAACACUGAUGACCGCCUUCUCCUUGCAGUUCGUUACAGUCAAACUCCCGAGGUUGAAGGUUUAGUGCCGAUACCGGUCGCGCGAUCACGAUCCGCCUCUAAAUCGAACUUCUCGCCCGAUAUUAAUGAUCAGUCGAAAUUUCAAAGUCGUCCUUUGUCGCGAACCCUCUCGUGCACGUCAAACGCAAGUGAGAAGGUCAACUUUGCCGAUAUUCCAACCCUUUAUAGCCAUCCUGAAGAUCGUUUUGACGAUAAUAAUGAUCAACCAGGAGUCCCUUUCCGUUCAACUUCGGAACACCAGAAGACGCCGAUGAAUGUUGGGCGAAGUGCAUCCAGCUCGCGGGUGAGCUUACGGGACAGUGAGACGAACAGCGCAAGAAUUCAAGAUCCACCGAAAGCCUUAAUUACAACUUCUGCUUUGACGCCAAUUGCAAAACGAUCUGCCUCAGCUCAUGGAAGUCAUGAGAGUUUUGUAAUGAGAACACCACAGACUGUAUUGCGAAAUGUCGAACCAAAGUGUAUCCGAAGGAACUUUGAACCUUUGACGAAAGAGACGACGGAAAUUGGUAUUCAGACUGGUGAUACGAUCCGUAUGAGACAAGCGACGUGGAAUGCGAUGCUUCUGAGUGAAUAUGCCACAAUUGACAAGGAUUCAUUUGAUUUGACCUCGGUUAAAUCCGCCAACUUCCUUCCGAAGUCCACUGAUUCGCAAUCAAUUGAUACGCCGACAAAGUCGAGAUUGAAUCGUCCUCUGAUGAAUAAUUCCUUUGAGAAGAAUGGGCAUCCUGCGGUCUCCGCAUUGUCCAAAAUGCUACAGAAUCGUAUUGGUGCGAUUGCUUCAAAAUCGGAUUGCGAUGUUACUUCAUCCAACUCGAAUUCGUCUCAUCAAAUUACAAUGGUCCAAAACUCUGCGAGCAAUGUGACAUUAAUAAGUGAUCGUUUACGUCAUAUAUCGGAAAGAUAUCAAGAUCCGAUUGGAUUGGAAAUUGAUGAGAAUGAAAAUGUUACUCACGAGCAGUUCUCGAAGGGUCUUUCAAAUAUUACCACUUCGACUCCUUCCAAAACGAAUAAGCUUUCUAGCAAUUGGCAGAGUGAUGCUUAUCAAAGAACUGGUUCAGAAAAAAGCUCUAUUGGAAACAUUUCUUCGAAAAGUGAGAAAGAUCGGCAAGAAGCAGCUACGAGGGUGAAUGUUGAUGCGAGAUGGACAGAAGGGAAACGCACCAACGGCGACACUAUUAGGAAGCACAUCCCACGCGGCAGAAUUCGCGAUUUGGCGUCGGUAUUUGAAUCAAAGAUGUUGGAAGCCUCGACGACACCUUCUAAGCCUCCAGCGGCAUCUGUAGCGGUUCUCAGACAUGACGAUAAUCGAUCAUCGGCUGCUAGCGAUAGACUAAAACGAUUGUCUGGAACGAAUAGUGGUGCAUCCUCGAAUCAACUUUACGGAUCGUCGUUGUCAUCGAACGCGUUUUUGCAGAACUCGCAAUCGAUUAUGAAUGGGGAGUCGAGGCCGAGAAGCACUUCAUCAUUCACCCAACAGCCAAAUGUGUUCACUAGAAACACGUUUGUCAGAAACUCCAAACUUGGUGAUCGUACUACCACAACUCCGAUGGCUUCUUCACAGUACCUGGAAGGCUCCGAAUAUAGUGUGGGAAGUGGAAAUGCUCAAGGUGAUGGAGGAUUCAUAUCAAUGUUCGAACGUAUUCCAUCGAUUCGAGAAACAAAUCCGCCGCCAUCGUUGGGCUCCAGAUAUCGACGAAGUACUUCGGUUUCGCCAAAAUCGCAAGCGGUUAACAAUUCACCUGGCUUUCGACAAAAGAUUGAAAUCGAUCGUCCGACUGAAUAUGUUCAUGAUUAUCGAAGAAGCUCAUCAGUCGCUCCGGAUCGCGGAGACGUAUUGAGAAGAUCAAUGCCUGUUCGAGAUGUGGGAAAUAAGCGCGAAACCCCAAUUUUGCGUAGACAAACAACAGUUUUCGAAAAGACAGUUGUUAAAGACACAAUGCCCAAAACGACAUCGGAUCAGCAUUUUCAAUUUGGAUCGCAAGUUGAGAUUCCCGUUAAUGGUAUAGCAGCGCGCUGGGAGAAGAAGAAUGCGCCGUCUGGCACGAAUUGGGCUGCGUAUGUCGAGAUUCCGAGGAAUCAGUCGCCAGUUAAUGUUCCAAUUGUGAAGAAAGCGAAAGAGAAAACUGAAAACGAUGGUUCCAAUAGGGUUAAUGUACCCAUUACGAUGGUUGGAUCAAUAACUGACAAGAUGAAUCGCAGAACUACUCCAAUUCGCAUUGAACGUGCAAAAACUCAGGAAGUGUCGAGAACCGUAUACCAAGAACCGAAAUAUGACACAAGAGCUGUCAGUGGAGAUAUUGGGGAAGAAGCUGCGGAGAAAUCGUAUUUUGAAGCCAGUCGAGACGCUUUUGGCAGGCAAACGACCGAGGAUUUGACGAAACGAUUGAACGAACUUGAUUCGGCAUGGAGUUUGCCACAGGCACAACGCUCGUGGAAGACGUCGUCGAAUUACGCGUUCGCUGAAACCAAACCAAUGUCACACACUGGCCGAAAUAUGUUUGAAGAGCGGAAACGUCAAAGAGAGUUGGAAGAGCAGGCCGAACGUGAACGGGAAUUAGAAAAUGCUAGGACGAAUCCUCGGCCAUUGGAGGUUUCUCCGAAAUUAGGUCACAAUGAUAAGACGAAUAUGUAUGAGAGCCAUUCUAAAAAUUUCGAUAUGACGUCAGGUCUGGCGACUGCACGCCCGCCGUUGUCUUCGAAAUAUUCUCCCCCGGCUACCGAUGACGCUGGAAGCCGUAUUACUCACCAUACGAUGACUACACAUGAUGAUGCUGCUUCUUAUGUGCACAGUGUGACAACUGGCGAGGAUAGCAGCAUCCGAGGAAAAAUUGACAAAAUGUUUGAUUUUGUCGAGAAUGAUGAAUCGAAUCGAAAAUCGACACCUCGCGUUCAGUCGACGAUUAAUUCGAGCUUGUCGGUGGACACAGUUGGAAAAGGAAGUCGAUAUGAGAAGAAGGAGGAGAGUCCCCAUAAGAAGUACGCUGAGUAUGUCACUGUGUCGCAGCAGCGAGCAAAUGAUCAGCAUGGCGAAUGGGAGCGAAUGGUUUAUAAUGAGAAUGGCGCGAAAUCGAACUCGUAUUUCAAUUUGUCGACUAUAAACGCGGUGCCACCCGAUCUUAAUGCGCCGAAGAGAAAGUUCCUUGAGCGAAAAUUGCAAUCACCGGAGCGAAGGAAUACGGUUGCCGGAACGGACUCGCCGACGGACACGUUUGGUUGUGAGAAUGCGUUGGAGUACUCGUUGACACAAUAUCGCGAAAUGCAACGAGAGCAAUUGCGAAGACGAGUUUCGAAUGUCGAUGAGCCGCAGUUCUUUCGAUCGCCGACUUUGACGACGCCGCAUGCUGGACAGUCAUUGAAUGUCUACAAAUCCAAAGAUGUAUGUGAAACUCCGACUUUUGGUGAGAAGGUUCGAUAUGACAAUAGUUUCAAGGGUUAUCAUGCACUUGCCACUUCUACUCCGCUUGACAGCCCGCAAUCAGUGUUGUCUUCUUCAUUCCGUUCGAGAAAUGAUGAUGUGAACAAUAAUAUGUUCGGAAACAUUCCGCAGAAUGAUACGUUCGUCUCAUCGAUUAGCGGUGCUUCGAAUGUCGAGCGGCAAGCGGGAAUCCGAAGAAAAAUUAACCGUAUUUCUUAUAUGAUUGAGAAUACUGAGAAGCAAUUAAUGAUGAAUGAAGCCGCACUCAAUGAUGCGAUAAAAAGGGGAAGACAAGCGCAAGAGAUUGCUGCCAAUCGCUCGUUAUUGAUUUCGCGUGAGACUCUGCGAUUGCAAAAAGCGGAGCUUCAUCGUCUUCACGCGUUUUCGAGGGUUCGCCAUCCACCGCCGCCAAUCGCGCGCGAUCUUCGCGGAUCGGUUGAAUUUCGCAACAUUUCUUUGCAGCUGAACAAGAAUUUCUGCUUGAAAUUUACUCCAGCGCAACACAACAUUUUUGUGUUCGUUGUUCUAUUUAAGUGUGGAUAUCAAGUUGAAGCAACCGAAUAUGUUCCGAUGAAGUUUACAAGUAAUGAAGUUGUCGACAGAGUUGCUUUCGAGAAGUAUAUCCAAUUCUCGGACUUGCCUAUUGAUUUCACUGUUAGUGUUGAAGCUUACGCAAUGCAAGUUCCACCGGUGCGACCGGUUGAAACCUCGUUAGGAUCAUUUGCGAUGAAGUGCAAAAAGUUCAUAGGGCCGCAACCGAAGAAAACACCGCACGUUGUUACCGAAACCGCCUUCAAGAUUCGCGGCAAAGCGAUUUUGGAUCGAGAUGCGGCUCUCGAGCGAAGCUUCUAUUUGGAUCAUGUCAGUUUCCCGCUCGAAGGAACUAUUUCUUUGACCACCGAGUGCAGUCGCCUUCCUGAAGCAUUUGAGAAGGAUUUCAAAGGAUUCUUGUCGAUGUACCAAACGGUUAGCAAUAUGGCUUCUUGGGACCGCUAUUACGCGGUUUUGCGCAGAGGUGUUGUGUUCUUUUGGAAAUAUCCUGAAGAGGAGCUGUCUGGAAAGGAACCGAGAAUGCAAAUUGAUUUGACGAAAUGUACGAACAAUUCAAUUGAAAAAUGCUCAGCGGAUAUGUGCCCACGACCAUGGUCAUUUUCUGUUGAAACGUUGGUUGACACGGCUGAAUGCACUGUUGGAAGUAUUGUGGAGAAGAAAAGAGUGUUGUUGUCGGCAGAUUCUGACGAAAUGCUCAAAGAAUGGUUGUAUUCAAUGAAUCAGACGCUUGAUGUCAUCCGUGGACCAAUAUGA